CAUUAUAAUCAUUACAAACAAUUAGAGAAGUUAGACCAGUUGUUGGUGUUUAUCAUAGUCUGAAGGAUGGGCAGUGGCACAGCAGGGAUGCUUACUCCUGGAGGAGCUUGCAUUGUUCCAUUUAGAAGACCCACAGCAAAUGGCCACCAAAUUUCUGCUUGUCUUUGCAGUUGGUGCAGGUGCCACAAUCUUGCUGUUCUCUACAAGCACGGCAGUCCCCACAUCGCCUUCUUUUUCUUCCUCUACCUUUCAUUUAAUGGUAAGAUGGAAUGUGACUAUGAUAGGGCCGAUAUAAAGAAGAUUGUUGAUAAUUCUGAAGCAGAUUGCUUGAGAUCAUUCACUGCUGACUUAUAUGUACUAGUAGGAUCAGUUCCAUCAACAGAAGGAGCCCAGGCACAAGUGCGGAGAAAAAUGGUGGUGAACAUGAAUCACUGUCUUCCUCACCAUCCUUGACAUGAUAUAGACGAAAAAAGUGAGUGCUUUCGGGAUCCGUGACUUUCCAUUGCUCAAUCUUUUGACGUACAUCAUCUUGGUCGAGGCAUGAAAGCUGAAGGGCUCUUUUAGCCAUAAUUAUAAAUGUGAUUCUUUAGGUCAUUGGCGAUAGGAAAGUACGCUCUGUCAUUGGGGUCUGGGAGGCAUUCUUUACAUAGAUCUUUCAUGACGUAGUGUCGUAAAAGUCUGUAAUUCCUUCACCCACUAAUUCUGUGAUUUUUGCAGAUACCUUUUCAUCUAUUCUCUUAGAUAAGCCAGCAGUACCGCCUCCUGUAGGAUGACCAGUGAGUGUGGCAUUCUUCUGCUGGUAGUGACACAAAAUACAGGUAGUGGUGACCGAACUGACAAUCUAACUGCUGAGUUUCAGCAAUGUAGAAGGGUGUGUUAUCCCGUUUCAUCUCUCCACGACUCCAGAAGAGUUUAACUUUGGGGACCGUCAUCUGAAAUUGUGAACACAAACUGAUUUAUAAUACUAUUACUUUCUCUCCUUCCCUCACCCCCCUUUUCUAAUUUUCUGUAUAGUGCUCACAUUUUCUUUAUCAGUUGUUGUUUCAUUGCCAGAA